UUCUUCAUUAAAACUUAUCCAUUCUUGAUUAGAUAAGUAACAAUUUCAUUAAGAAAAAAUGUUGUCCAAAAACUUUGCAUUAUUUUCAUGUUUCAUUUUCAUAACCCUAGCCCUAACCCUUACCCAAAUGUGCCAUGCACAAAAUUCCCCACAAGAUUAUGUUAACGCCCACAACGCUGCCAGGGCGGCGGUGGGCGUUGGAAACAUACAAUGGGACAACCAAGUAGCCGCCUUCGCCCAACAAUAUGCCAACCAAAGGAAGGGUGAUUGUGCUAUGCGACACUCCGGUGGUGGUGGCAAGUACGGCGAGAACUUGGCCGCCGGUAGUGGUGCAUUUAUGACCGGUACGGCGGCGGUACAAAUGUGGGUUAAUGAAAAGGCGGAUUAUAACUAUAAUUCCAAUACUUGUGCCCCUAAUAAGGUGUGUGGGCAUUAUACUCAAGUGGUUUGGCGUAACUCAGUUCGUGUUGGUUGUGCUAGGGUUCAGUGUAACAAUGGUUGGUUCUUUGUUACUUGUAACUAUGAUCCUCCUGGUAACUAUGUUGGACAGAAACCUUACUGAAGUACACCGUCUAAGGCGGCCGGAGGUCUUGGAACGUAUAUCUAUAUAUUUUAAUUAAUUAAGCUUGUUGUUUAAAAAUAAAGUGUGAAUCGCCUCGAUUAAUAGCUAGAGCUUAAUUGCAUGUGGUGAUAAUAUUCACUGUGUAUGUAAGAUUGUAAGGUGUGUUGAGAGAGAAACAAAUUAAAUAAAUUAUAAAGUGCAUUAUCUUUGAUUUA